AGGCCUAGGGAAAAGGGUGGAUUCUCCCUCAGUUCACAAAUCAUAAUAAGAGCCACUAUACUCUAGUUCUGAUGCUAAUGGAUGUAGAGGGAUAUUAGUUCGAUAAAUUAAUAACAAGCCAGAUUCAUAGAUAUAUUUUUCUUGUUAUGUAACCAGCCUUCCCUUCUCAAGAUGGCCAAGAAACUGCUUUUAAUUGAUGUGGACUGUGGUGUUGAUGAUGCUCAGGGUCUGAUGAUGGCUUUGGCAGCCCCCAAUGUGGAACUUCUUGGUAUAACAUGUUGUCAUGGAAAUACCACCUUAGAAAAUGUCUGCAAGAAUGUGUUACGAGUCUUGCAUAUUUGUGACAGCCCUGAGAUCCCUGUGUUUAAAGGGGCAUCUAGACCUCUUUUAGGAGAGUGCAUUCAUGCAUCUGAUUAUCAUGGCAAGGAUGGUUUGGGGGAUGUCCCAGACCCUGACUCCCCUGGGCUAGACGUCGUGCAGAAGGAGCAUGCUGUUAUUGCAAUGUUGAGGAUAGCCAAUGAGCACCCUGGUCAGGUAACCCUGGUUGCAACAGGACCUCUGACUAACUUGGCUUUAGCUGUGAAUAUGGACCCAACUUUUCCCCAAAAGAUUAAAAGUCUUUUUAUCAUGGGUGGAAACAUGGAAUCCAGGGGAAAUACCACUGUCUGUGGGGAAUUCAACUUUGCUUGUGACCCAGAAGCUGCCUACAUUGUCCUGAAUGUCUUUGAUUGUCCAACUUACAUUGCCACUUGGGAAUUCACAUGUCAUAACAAAGUUUCUUGGGCUUUUCACGAUGAGUGGAUCCAGCAGGAAACAAGGAAGGCUGAGUUCAUGAGAAAAAUCUCUGCUCACUCUGCUAAAUACACUGAACGCUGUAAUGAUAAACCCGGGCACAUGUGGACAGCUGGAUUUGUGUCCUGUGAUUCAUAUGCAGUGGCAGCAGCUAUAGAUGAAAGUUUUGUCACAGAGGCCAUAGAAUGUGGGGUAAGUGUGGAGCUGAGUGGAACACUGACCCGGGGCAUGAUGGUGCUGGAUCCCACAGGGAAACUACAGAAGAAGCGGAAAGCCUUUGUCAUGAACAAGUGUGACCUUGAGAAGUUCCAAGGGCUUAUGAUGUUAGCACUUAACUAGCAGAUUUAGAGAGCCUGCAGAAGUUAAUUGGUUCUAUGUUGUGCUCAGGAAAUUUUUGAAACUCCAAUUCUGCUUGUUCAAGAAUAUUUUGUGUUUCAGAAACUUUUAAUUUUGAAUCUACAACACACUUGAUUGGCUUAAUCAUUAUUUUACAUACUGCAGAAUGAACAAGAAAACUAUUUUCUAGUACAGUAUAUCUCUUUGCUUUUUUUUCUUACUAAAAUAAGGCUUUCCUAUAUUGUUAGGUAAUCCUCUGUAGCUUAUAUAAAUACCAACUAAGCUAUGCACACCCAUGCCUCCAUUUGUUUGCAAUUACCAGUUAGUGCAUAUACUAGACUGAACAAAUCCCAUCUUAUUUUAAAUUACCCACAAUGCAAAAAAUGUUCAUGAAUAUUAUGUAGUUUCUAUUAUAAAGGAUUAAUAAAAAUAUAUUUCAGGAACUUGAUCCUUUGACUCUGUCCUUCUGGGAGGAACAUCUGACUCUUUUGAGACUGUAAUUGUGGUCAUUCCUAAACCAGGCCUAGGCUAGUGUUUCUCAGUUCCAACUGAACUAGAGCACAGGUUAAAUAAUCAGCUGGUCAGUAACCAUGGUUAUUAACUUGCUCUCACCCAUCAGCUGAUUUUUUCACCUGUGCGCUGGUUCAGAUAUCAAGAAAAUGUGGCCUGUUUGGUGUCUCGAGGACUGGAAUUGGGAAACGCUGGCAUAGAUUAUAUUCAAGUCAUAAAUUGAUCUACUUGGUAAUAAAUAUAAACAUAGUUUACAGGAUUUUGUAAAUACUACAACUGCAUGCAAGAAGUUUAGGCCACAGUAUUCAAAUUCACAAAUAAUUAUGGUCUUCAAGCAGUAUCUUAAAAAUAUUUGCUAAAUAUUUAGCCUUAAACUUGUUGCCAGGGAUUGCUUAGCACCUCAGAUUUUCCAAAUUAUAGGAUGGCAUUCAUCCAUAAGUUUAAAGGGCCAUGAUAGAAAAGAAAAAAAAAACCUAGAGAACUGCUGGUUGUCAGUUGAAACUAGGGUUGCCACCUCAGCCAUGUUUUCCUGGACACUUAUGAGUUACACAUGCUGCAGGGUGUGCAGGGAGGAACAUGUAUUGUGUUUCUGGACAGCACUAUUCAUGUUCCUCCCUGCACACCCUGCAGCAUGUGUAACUCAUAAGUGUUCUGUAUUUUAAGGGAUAGGUGGCAACCCUAGCUGAAACAGCCACUGACUGAAUAAACAGUGCUAGUCAAAUGACCCAUCUGACAAACACAGACACCAAACUCUAUGGUAUAAUCAUUUUAUUGGCUGCAGGUACAAAUGUGUAGCCACUUCACUUAUGAUACUACAGUUUUUAUGAGAUACUGCAGCUUGAUAAUCCAGAAGGUUAAGACAGAUAUAAACAGGUUCCUUGAUGAGUGAAUGCUUCUAUGGAACGUCUUUUAUUACUUAUUUAGAAAUCAGAGCCAGUACAACUCUAUUAGUUUAGCACUCAAAUCAUAGGACCAAAAUAAAUAAAUAAUAAAAAAAAUAAUAAUAUAUAUAUAUAAUUGUGGCAUUCAAAAAAUAAAAAUCUUAAUGGUGCUGUAGAACUAUGAUUUUUAAAUGGUCAUCAAAUCCUCAAUACUAGUCUGGAUUUAAAAAAUAAAUAAAUAAUAAUUUCACCUUUAAAAGGGCAUCAGUUAGGAACAAUGUAAAUAGAAUGUUUUCUUAGUGGGAAGAUGGAGCACUUGCAAAAUAUGGCAUUAACAUGUAUUUGUGUUAUGUAAUAUAAAACGUGUACUUUUCUGUUGAAUACAAUAAAAAUGAAACUUUUAAUUAAAAUAAUUAAUCACUCUUA